GAAACAGACAUGGACUGUUGGUCCCGAGCAGUACGACAGACCAAGAGCUUCAACAUAUCCGCAAUAGCCUUCCAGAUUCUGUGCGAAUUCAACGAGUAGAAGAGCGGCUCGCAGCGCUGGGCAAUGUCACUACCUGCAAUGACUAUGUAGCUCUUGUUCAUCCAGAUCUUGACAGGGAGACAGAAGAGAUCUUGGCAGAUGUACUGAAGGUUGAGGUUUUCAGACAAACGGUAGCAGAUCAGGUGCUGGUAGGAAGUUACUGUGUUUUUAGUAACCAAGGAGGAAUUGUGCACCCCAAAACUUCAAUUGAUGAUCAGGAUGAACUGUCUUCGUUGCUCCAGGUCCCACUCGUGGCUGGAACGGUGAAUCGUGGCAGCGAGGUCAUAGGAAUGGUUGUAAAUGACUGGUGUGCCUUCUGUGGGCUGGAUACAACCAGCACUGAGCUCUCUGUCAUCGAGAGUAUCUUCAGGCUGAACGAAGCUCAGCCAAGUACCAUUGCUACCAACAUGAGAGACUCCUUGAUUGACAGCUUGACAUGAGCAGUGUUGGCUCCUACUUUCCAGAAAGCUCCUAAGGAGUGAAGUGUCAAGCUGCACUUUGGAUUACAGACAUCUAGACCUUCUGAUGUUGUUUCUGCAGGCCUAGCCCAAGGAAGAGUCUACAAAACCAACUUUUCAUAGUGUUUUGUAAACUAAGUAUUAUUACAAAAACUGACAACAUACAUAAGUUACAAAUAAGUAAUGCUCUCUAUCCCUUUGCUGACGUUUUCCAGUU